GCCGCCAUUUGUGAAAAUAAUAACAAUUGCGUAGUACUGGCGGCGAGCCUUCUGAUUAAAAAAUAAUCAAGUAAUUUAACUGCAGAAUGCCUCGUGAAAUUAUUACGUUGCAAUUAGGACAAUGUGGUAACCAAAUUGGCAAUGAGUUCUGGAAGCAACUUUGUCUUGAACAUGGAAUUAGUCCUGAAGGAAUCUUGGAAGACUUUGCAACUGAUGGAACUGACCGCAAGGAUGUCUUCUUCUAUCAAGCGGAUGAUGAGCAUUACAUUCCACGUGCUGUUCUUCUAGAUCUUGAGCCUCGUGUCAUCCACGGCAUUCUAAACUCACCUUACUCCAACCUGUACAAUCCAGAGAAUAUUUACUUGUCUAAGCAUGGAGGAGGAGCCGGAAAUAACUGGGCAUCUGGGUAUAACCAGGCUGAUCGUUUGCAUGAAGAAAUCUUUGACAUCAUCGAUAGAGAAGCAGAUGGCAGUGACAGUUUAGAGGGGUUUGUUCUGUGUCACUCAAUUGCUGGGGGUACAGGCUCUGGAAUGGGAUCAUAUAUGUUGGAGAAACUGAAUGACAGGUUUCCUAAGAAAUUGAUCCAGACAUACUCUGUAUUUCCCAACCAACAAGAGAUAAGUGAUGUUGUUGUACAGCCUUAUAAUUCUAUUUUAACUAUGAAGAGGCUGACGCAGAAUGCAGAUUGUGUGGUGGUACUUGACAACACUGCCCUGAAUAGAAUAGCAGCGGACAGGCUGCACUUGGCCAAUCCUGAUUUCACACAGAUCAACCAAAUGGUGUCAACAAUUAUGGCCACAAGUACGACUACAUUACGUUACCCCGGAUACAUGAAUAAUGAUUUGAUUGGUCUAAUUGCAUCGUUGAUCCCUACUCCUCGUUUGCACUUUCUCAUGACAGGCUACACCCCACUCACUUUGACCUCUGAUACGAAGGCUCCAAAUGUUCGUAAGACGACCGUACUGGAUGUGAUGAGAAGGUUGCUGCAACCAAAGAACAUCAUGGUGUCAACGACACUGAGGGAUCGGCAGAGUGCUCACUGCUACAUAUCCAUUCUAAACAUCAUCCAAGGAGAAGUAGAUCCAACUCAAGUCCACAAGAGUUUACAGAGGAUUCGGGAACGGAAACUAGCAUCAUUUAUUCCAUGGGGUCCAGCUAGCAUACAGGUUGCCUUGUCUCGCAAAUCUCCUUAUGUGCAGACAGCGCAUAGAGUUAGUGGCUUGAUGCUGGCAAAUCACACAAGUAUUGUUUCAUUAUUUGAAAGAACGUGCAGUCAGUAUGAUAAACUCCGGAAACGAGAAGCUUUCCUGGAACAAUUCCGUAAAGAAGCAAUGUUUAAGGAUAACCUGGAUGAGUUAGAUAAUUCACGCGAGGUUGUGCAACAAAUGAUUGACGAGUACCAUGCCGCAACUAAACCAGACUAUAUUUCAUGGGGAACUCAUCAGGGGCACGAUUCUGCCAGGACGUGAGCUAUAUUGUUAUCACCAAGAAGAAGGAAAACACUUACUUAUUGUAAAUACAAUCAGAAACUUUGCAAGAAAUCAGCUUGAUAUGUUAAGAUUGCUGUGUAUGGGAUUCCAGAUUACAUGCACUAAUAGAAGCUGCAAAUAGAUUUGAUAUAUUAUAAGCUGUCCCAAGAGAAUAGCACAUGGUAUAGACAGAUUUGAAUAUCAUAAGCAGGCUCAAGGGAAAUGCACAACUGUAUAGAUAGAGACUCAAGGGAAACAAAAACUGUUACACAUUUUGAAUGUUCUGGAGUCCAGUGGUAAGAGAGGAUGGUUCACACAUUUGCAAAAAUGUAUUGAGUUUACCAGGGAUGUCACAUUUGAUAUGUUCUCUAUGGAAAACAACACAUACUUUUAUGAAUCAUGCAUGAAACCUGAACAAGCUCUUUGGAACAUGAACCUAUAUAAACGAAGUAUAAAAAUGUUAUUUACUACUAUUACUACUACUACUACUACUGUUGAUUUGAACUUUAUUGUCACCUAAACUUAAUCCAUAAUGAAUAACCUGGGUUUAGUAACACCACAACGCCACUUAAGCAUUGUAUAGUACUGAUGGCUAUUAUAUAAUAUAUUCUGUGUAUUAUUAUUGUUGUCAUUCAUAUUUUUGUUUUUGUUUUAAUUACUGUUAUUAUUACCUCCUAAAUAAGGUAAUAAUAUAUUAGUAUCAUUAUUUUAAAUUUGUAUUUUAUUUACCAUUCUAAUGUAUUAAUAAUGUUGCUGUUACGGUGUUGUUGUUAUUAUUAUUAUUAUUAUUAUUAUUAUUAUUAUUAUUAUUAUUAUUAUUAUUAUUAGUAUGCUACUUAAACCUACCAUAAAGGGAACUUAGACAAUGGAGAAAUUAGAGAACAAUUAAAAAAGCGAUGCUAAGGUGAAAAUAACACAUAAGAAAUUCCCCUUAAGUCUGAUGUAGUGCUAGGCACUAUUAUUAUUAUUAUUAAAUUAUUAUUAUUAUUAUUAUUAUUAUUAUUAUUUGUAAUUUCAGAUAAAUAAACAAUUUGAAUACAUUGAAGAAUUGAAUAAGAAAAGCAAUGGAAAGCCCACACUGUAGCAAUGUCUUGAUCAUAAUGCAGUGAAUGUGUGUGUCAAACAAACUGAACCAUAAACUACCAAUUACAAAGCCACAUUCACGUAAAUACGACACCUAACACCACCACCACAAAGUAUAAUUAUGCACAUCGUUGAUUGCAUGAAAAAGCUUUUAAUCAGUUUCCAAGUUUAAUGUCCUCCUCUUCUAUUCAUAAUUACAUACUAAUCCCGCGAGUCUCAUAACCUCUCAUUGUGUUGUGAUUGGCUGUUGAUUCUGUUAAGUCCUGAAUCCAAGCAGAUUUCACUUGCACCAGCUCCUAUUAAAACUUUGAUCAAUAUCGACUGAAUGAUUGUUACUUGUUUGACCUUUCCUCUGAAAUAGAUUUAUUGAAAAACCAUUUUGAAAUAUGUAAUGGUUUAGCUGGUGGCAGACUUUAUGGCUAUCAGCUUCCCAAAAAAAAAAAAAAAAAAUGUUAUUACAAAAAAUCGAUUACAUAGAAGCUGCUUCCAUUUCAAUUAGGCUUAAUGUUUUUAUGCCAUUCACGUCAACUUGGCUACACAGAUGUAGUUUCUCAAGCAUCGCAUACUCCAAGCUUGUUUUUCGUGUCAAUAUGAACUUGGAGCAAUUUGCAUGGGUAGUCAUUUUCCCACCUGAUGAUGCGAGAAUACCUUUCAAUUUGUGCUGUAAGGAAAUGUCCAUUUGAGGUUAUGUAAGCCCCAAAAACUUUUUCUUGCGUUGUGUUCGUUGAUUUAUUCAAACAAAAGUCCAUGUUAUAAAAAAUUCAUCAAAAAAGGAAGCCAGUGGUCAAACAAUGGCACACCAAUCAAACAAAAUGAUAUGCCUUUAAAAAUUAGCCAAGAGGAGUUCUGUCCAUCUACUUCCCAGGUUAGAGUCAGAGAAAGAAAAUCUCAUUUAACUAAAAGAAGUUUCAGCUUAACUUUUUUGACUUAAGGCAUUUGCUAAGCUGAGAUUGAUAAAUCCCGGGCCAGAAUUCUGGCUCCUAAAUUUUGCCAGCAGGAGCCUGAACCAAGGGGCUGGUCCUGGAAUAAAAAAAUCCCUGUUAGGGUUCACAGGCAGUUUUUAUUGUAUUGUAUAGUGCUUUUUAUAGUGUAUAGUAUAGUGUAUAGUAUACAGUAUAGUAUAUAGUAUAGUGUAUUGUAUAGUGCAGAUUGUGCUUUUAGACCACAAUAUUAGAGAUUGGCAAUCAAAAUAAUGUUAAUGUGAUAGGCAAAUCAUUAUAUUUUUUUUUAUUUUGGAUCCGACAACUCAUUCUGGCAUUGGACUACUGUAUUGGGAAAAAUUUCCCCUUCCUCUCCCUGCUGGUUAGUGGCGUAACUACAGCAGGUUCAUUAAACCUGGGCCCCCAACCUCCAGGGGCCCCCGAUCUUAUAAAAGAAAUCUAAAGCAAUGCUUAUUGUGACUUGCUUCCUUCCAGCCAAGUAAUUUGGAACCACAAAUAAAUCGUUUCCAUUACAUCCAUAGUUUUUAAUUUUUUGUAAUGUUUUGUAAAGUAAUGUAUGAUUUAAUGUGUCCAAAACACUUUACAAUAUCGAUAUAUAUGAAUAUUGUUUGAAUUUUUGUUUUUUCGUAUGUUUAUUUAUUUCAUCCCACAAACGUUUGGGAUUGUGUUUAUACUUGUUUAAACAAAAAAUUCUGAUUUCGAAUAGGCCUAAGUGUUUCACAUGAUCAUGGUCAUACACAAGUCUAGUGAUGUCAAGUCUGAUCCAUUUUAUUUAGCUUAAGUAUGUAAAGUUCAUAUACAAGAUAAAUGGUCAAUGGUUAAUCCGAUAAAUUAAAUAAAAACACAUUCAA